UGUCAAUUGUGUCUCGCAUUGACUGAUAUCAACAGAAAAGAUGGCGGACUUUGAAAACGAUUACUUAAUUGAUGGCAAAUCUCUGUAUUCUCUUCGUGUGAUCGACUUGAAGGAAGUGCUCACCAAACGGGACGUCCCCUACAAGAAGAAUGCAACCAAAGCCCAACUCCAGGCUCUCGUCAUUCAGUAUUUGAAUGAAGCGAACGAAGAGAAGUCCAGCGAAGACACCAUACAAUCGGAGGAAACCAAUGAAUCGAUUGGUGGCGCGAAUGACAUCCCAAAGAGUGAUGACAUCAAUAAUGAACAGAAUUUAUGUCCACAACAGACGGAAGCGACGGAUUUGAGUCAAGACGCGGGCAUCACAUCAUCGGUCUCUUUCGGUGACAAGCAUUCAAUCAAAUUAACCAUUAAAUUACAGCCAAAUGAGAGCCCAAACAGACAGUUGAGUCCCAAGAAGUCGCCGGUCAAAGAGAUGAGGUCUCCAGGCGUUGACUCUUUCAAUGCUGUCAGCGAUGCGGUUAGAUCUCCGGUCAGAUCUCCCGUGAAGUCUCCGGCGAUGGACUCGCAUAUAAAGUCGCCGAAACAAACUCCGGAAGUGAUUAAACAAGUUUUACCAGAAGUUGUCACUGAAAUACCGGCUCCAGUGGAGCCCAAAUCGGUGCCAUUCGCUGAAGUGCGCGAACAAACGGCUCCCGCAGUCGUCUCCGAAGUGUUAGCACAACAAGACAUCGUCUCAUCAGAAAAACCCAAACAAAUCAUCGAAGAAAUCGUGAAACCCUCUCAUCAAGGGAAAGAUGCGGACUCAUCUCGAACUAAGAAUUCAUCACCAAAUGAUUCCACGGAUUCAACACAAAAAUCUACAGAAUUAGUGACUAAAUCACAAGAAUUACCAGAAGAUAAUUCUGCCAUUUCUAAGGACACCAGUAGUGAUAGCACUAUAAAAGAAACGCCAGUCGUUAAUCCUGUUAAAGAGAGACGAACUGUGAGUCCUGUUAAAGAGACUCGAGUUGUGAGUCCUAUCAAAGAGACACGAAAUAGAAGUCCUGUCAAAGAGAGACGAAGUGUAAGUCCUGUCAAAGAGACGCCAGUCGUGAGUCCUAUUAAAGAGACACGAACUGUAAGUCCUGUCAAAGAAACACCAGCUGUGAGUUCUAUUAAAGAGUCGUCAGUCGUUGAGCCGAUUGUGAAACAAACGGAUAAGAAAACCGAACGUUUAGACGAAAAGGAGAGUAAAGUCCCGGAAACGGAUCAAAGAAGAAAAAGUCCCGAAAAGGCGAGACCUCCGCGAAGGAGGCGUUGGGGCGGAGCCGUCACUAAUGAGACGCAACAAAACACACCAAAAGGUAUAUCAAGUGAUCAAAUCAAGGAAAUGAUCUCAGAUUUGGACUCAAUGAGUGCCACUUCGGGUGCCGACAGCGCAUCAAAGGUGAGUAAAUCCGAUACAAGUAUUGUUGUUACGAGUAGUCUCUCUCGAACUCAAACAACCGCUGCAACCAAUGAAAUGCCCGCAAAACGAGACAUUCGUGUUGUCAGGAAAUCAGUUUCUGUUCCAGAAGAUGAACAGAUCCCUAAAGAGUCGGUCAAACCACCCGUUAGCCAACCCGUUGUCGAACAUAAGAAGCCUAUUGUAGCGGAAGUGGUUGAACGCAAAAGUGAAGAACAGUUGGACGAGAAGCGAGAGUCGAGUCCCGCGAAAAACACGGCCACCGAAGUGGUGUUCAUCCGAAACCUCGUCCGUCCCUUCACUUUAUUGCAAUUGAAAGAAGAGGACAAGAAGAAGACUAAGAAAAUUCAGGAGAAGAAUCAUUGGGGCUCUACUCCGACCCCGUCAGGUGACGGUAGCAAUUGGCGCUCGUGGGCCAUACCCGUCGGCUUUGCUUUAUUAGCCACUUUUAUCUAUAGAUUUUAUUUGCAUUAUUCCUCUUAAAUAAUAUUAUUGAUAACAUUUAAAACAAAACAAAAAAAUCAAAAGUCAGUCCCAAAAGCACUGAUGAUUUUGCUUCCGAAAUGUUUUUCUAUUAAAAAGCCUUUUAAACAAAAAACAAUUGCAUGUCUUAUUAUUUUUAUGAAUUAACGAUCAGUUCUUAUUUCCAUUCUCUAAUUGGUUUCUCGUCUUUCAAUCCUCUCUUUCUCCCUCUCUAUCUCUCAAUGAGUUCUUUGAAUUCCAAUAACUGUUCGUAUAUUACAAUAUUAAUCGUCGUUAUA